AUGGACUUCUCCAAGUUCCUGGCGGAAGACUUCGACGUGAAGGAGUGGAUCAACGCGGCCUUCAGGGCGGGCCCCAAGGAGGCGACCGCCGGGAAGGCAGACGGCCACGCGGCCACUCUGGUGAUGAAGCUGCAGCUGUUCAUCCAGGAGGUGAACCACGCCGUGGAGGAAACAAGUCACCAGGCUCUUCAGAACAUGCCCAGAGUGCUCCGUGAUGUGGAAGCCCUCAAGCAGGAGGCGUCUUUUCUGAAGGAGCAGAUGAUUCUUGUCAAGGAGGACAUUAAAAAAUUUGAACAGGACACGUCCCAAUCGAUGCAGGUGUUGAUAGAAAUCGACCAGGUGAAGUCCAGAAUGCAGCUCGCCGCAGAGUCCCUUCAGGAAGCAGACAAGUGGAGCACACUGAGUGCCGACAUUGAGGAGACUUUUAAGACUCAGGACAUAGCUGUGAUUUCUGCCAAGCUGACAGGUAUGCAGAACAGCUUAAUGAUGCUUGUGGAUACACCAGACUACUCAGAAAAGUGCGUGCACUUGGAGGCGUUGAAGAACAGGCUGGAGGCGCUGGCCUCCCCGCAGAUCGUGGCGGUGUUCAGCGCCCAGUCUGUAGAUCAGUCCAAAAUGUUUGUGAAGGUGUUUACUGAAAUUGACCGGAUGCCCCAGCUGCUCGCCUACUACUACAAGUGUCACAAGGCGCGGCUUUUAGCAACGUGGCGGGAGCUGUCCCACAGCGACCUCCCCCUGGACCGGCGGCUCACCGAGUUCUAUGACGCCCUGCUGGGGGCCUGGCACACACAGAUCCAGUGGGCUUCGCAGGUUUUCAAGAACCCCCACGAGGUGGUGACUGUGCUGCUGAUUCAGACUCUGGGGGCCUUGCUGCCCACCCUGCCCGACUGCCUCAGCUCCGGCGUGGAGAGGGCGGGGCCCGAGCUGGGGCUCCUCAAGCUCCUGGAGUUCUACGAGGCCACCGCCCACUUUGCCAAGGGGCUGGAGAUGGCGCAGCUCCCCCGCCCACAUGAGUACAACCUGGUGAAAGUCACGGAGCUGGUGGAGGCUGUGUAUGGUCCGUAUAAACCUUACCAGCUGAAGUAUGGCGACCUGGAAGAGAAGAACGUCCUCAUCCAGAUCAGCGCUGUGCCUCUGGAGCACGGGGAGGUCAUUGACUGCGUGCAGGAGCUGAGCCACUCUGUGAACAAGCUCUUCGCUCUGGCUUCGGCAGCUGUUGACAGAUGCAUCAGAUUCACCAACGGCCUGGGGACCUGUGGCUUGCUGACAGCGCUGAAAUCCCUCUUUGCCAAGUACGUGUCCGACUUCACCAGUGCCCUCCAGUCGAUCCGAAAGAAGUGCAAGCUGGAUGAUAUUCCUUCCAACUCGCUUUUUCAAGAAGAUUGGACAGCUUUUCAGAACUCCAUUAGGAUAAUAGCCACCUGUGGUGAGCUCCUGCGGCAGUGCGGGGACUUCGAGCAGCAGCUAGCAAACAGGAUCCUGUCCACCGCUGGCAAGUAUCUCUCAGACUCCUACAGCCCUCGGAACCUGGCCGGUUUACAGGACAGCAUUUUGACAGACAGGAAGAGCUCUGCCAGGAACCCAUGGCAGGAAUAUAAUUACCUCCAGAAAGAUAACCCUGCUGAAUAUGCCAGUUUAAUGGAAAUACUCUAUACCCUCAAGGAAAAAGGGUCAAGUAACCAUAACCUGCUAUCUGCGUCUCGCACGGCCCUGACUCGACUGAACCAGCAGGCCCACCAGCUCGCUUUCGACUCUGUUUUCCUGCGCAUCAAACAGCAGCUGCUGCUCGUUUCCAAGAUGGAUAGCUGGAGCACGGCGGGCAUCGGCGAGACCCUGACCGACGAGCUGCCCACCUUCAGCCUUACCCCGCUGGAGUACAUCAGCAACAUCGGGCAGUAUAUCAUGUCCCUCCCCCUGAAUCUCGAGCCCUUUGUGACUCAGCAGGACUCAGCCUUGGAGCUGGCGCUGCACGCUGGGAAGCUGCCCUUUCCUCCCGAGCAAGGGGACGAGGUGCCUGAGGUGGACAACAUAGCGGACAGCUGGCUGGGCUCCAUCGCCAGAGCCACCAUGCAGACCUACUGUGACGUGAUCCUGCAGAUCCCGGAGCUGACCCCGCACUCCACCAAGCAGCUGGCCACCGACAUCGACUACCUGAUCAACGUGAUGGACGCCCUGGGCCUGCAGCCGUCCCGCCCCCUGCAGAGCCUCGGGGCUCUGCUGAAGAGCGCGCCCGAGGACUACAGGCAGGUCAGCAAGGGCCCGCCCCGCCGCCUCGCCGCCACGGUGGCUGCCAUGCGGGGCGUGGAGUACUGACCGCCCCCUUCCGGGCACCCGGCUGAGAAGAGGCACAGGACUGGGGUCCCGGGGUCACAGCAACUCUCCAGAACGAGUUGCUCAAAAACUCUGCCUGGCGUUAGACAGGAUUUGUCUUAAAAAGACGCGAUUCAUUUGUAUAAUCAAAAAAAGUUGUAAUUAGAGGUAUAUUAUUUUUUAGAUCAGGGUUUUCAGAUGAUUUUCUAAAAGAUCCGAUCUUGAAUGUGGAAUCGAUAAAUACUGUGAAAAGAAAGCCAUUUAUUUCCCUUUCCUCUGUGGAUAUUGGGGUGCCCCCAUGUGCCAUGCUCCAGGCAUUGGGACCCGGCCGGGAAGGAGGGGGAGAAGCACAAAGGUGACGUCAGCCCGUGGCACCUAAGAAAUAGAGUGCAUCUGGGUGAGGGCGGCCCCCUCGCCGACGGAUCAGACAGGUGUGUGGCAGUGAGGGACCCUGGGGGGUCAGACCCCGGGGCAUGUCCAAGGUCAGCGGCCUGGAAAUAGGAAGUUUGGUCAGAGGGUGGUGGGGCCUGACCACAGUCCGACCUGCAGGCCGUGGUGAGGACUUGGGUUUCUGCUUUGUCUUGUUUUAAAACUCACAGGAUCGUGUGGAUUCUAUCAGGGUUUUUACCAAUAGCUUCUGUAUCUGUUAAGACUGUAAUUGGCCACAAGUAACAGAAUAAUGUAAUUUGAGAGACUUUAGCCAAGAGGAGUUGAUUUUUCUCAAUAACGAGGAGUUAUACGGUGGUGGCCGUGGGCAUUGACUCUGGCUGGAUGGAGUCAGGACCAGGACUAGCCUCCCGGUGACCUUGACCUUUUCCUCAGGUGGGCCGACUCCUGCAGCUGCAGGGAGGACACAGGCAGAGGGGGCGUGGUCCCUCCCUCCGUGGAGGCAAAGGCCCCUCCAGCAGCCCCCGCGGCUGCAGGUGAGGCUGGGGAUGUGGAGUCGGGGCUGGCUCCUGCCGGGUGUCUCGGCCGCUCCCUUAGGCCUCUCCACGGCCUCGGAGGCAGCGAGCGUCCUCCCCGUCUUACAGCCGAAGGAGCCGAGGCGGGAGGGGUGGAAGGGGCUGACCGCGGUCCUGACCCCCGCUGGGCCCACCCUGCCCGUGGCCCCUCGUGAGCCAGCGGCGAUGCUGGCCCAACCUCCAGGGGUUCCCACACGCUCUGUCCUCACGCCCUCGGAACCAGUUUUGCCGGCCCUGAGAGAACCGUGAGCCCGCACCAAGAAAAAUAUUUUGGUUUCUCGUGUGGUGGAUCACAGACUGUCCCUGGCAGCGAUUGAGCCUGGCUCCUGCCAUGAAGAAGCGAGAGCUAGAGGCCUGGGAGGUGGAAAGUGGAAACCUCUGUGGGGUGACCUCUGUGCCAGUGUCGUGAGAGUCGCUUGAGUCCUGGCGUUGCCACCUCCCAACCGCGUGACCUUGGGGAAGUCACGUCAAGUCUCUGAGCCUCAUUUCCUACUGUGAAAAACGGGAGCCACGGUGGCCCUGCGCCAGCGUUCUCUGAAGAGCCACUGAGAUCCAGCAGAGGUGAAGCACGGAGCAGGUGCACGGUGCACGUUAGUUUCGUGGUCUCGGUGUCUGGAACCUGCCCUCCCUGUUGGGGUGAAGAUGGGAUUACAGAAUGCUGUUUCUAGGCACUUUGGAUCCCGCCAGCCUCGUUUUUCAGCCCUGAAAGGCUCCGAUGGCCCCAGGGUGGGAACGGGACAGAGCUCCUCUCCUCCGUAUCUGGGGGGCUGAGGGGAACCUCUGAGCCUGCUUCAGAGAUGGGGCAUCACCCACCUUCACCCUGGCCCCGGGGCUGGCAACCACUCACUGCCCACUGUCAGCCGGGCCCUGCGCUGACACGUCCACACACAGCUCUGAGGGCAGGGAGCACCCUUCCCACUCCGGCUGCAAAACAUGCCGAACUGAACCUCUCCGUUCAGGAGGAGUAUGUGGCCCAGGCCAAUGCAAUGGCCUUCAUUCUCGGGGCUUUUGCCGGGACCCUGUGCCAGAAAGGGGAGCUUUCUUCCCACUGAAGUUGCUCAGUGGAUGGCACAGAGCCUGGAACCUGUCGGGAGAAGAGCAGCACAUGGAGAGAGCCUAUUUGAGAGGGACGUCAACACAGAGGAAAAUAAAGCCAAGGAGCUGGAGAAACGAAUCACCAGAUCGAGGUGAACCUCCGGAUACAGCCAUGCCUGAGAUCCCUGGACUUUUAUUACAAGAACCAAUGGAUUUCCUUUCUUAGCUUAAGUCGGCUCAAAUUAAUGUGACCAAAGAGCUGGCAAAAGGAGGUCAAUCAGUCAUUGCUGUGCCUGCCCCACAGCAUCAGAUGAGACAGUAAAGACGGAAGCCCUGGGCACCUAUAAGGGACUGGCAUUCUUAUGACCGCUGGCAGCAAGUGCAGGAGGCUGGAGUUUUACUUUUGUUCCUUAUUGGAAGAGUGAUCUCGGGCAUCUGACUUCACCUCCCUGAGUCUCAGUUUGCUUACCUGUAAGAUGGGAUGGUAAUAUUUCUCGGUGGUUAUGAGAAUUAAAUGGAGUAAGACUUACAAAAUACUUGGCCUGGCGCCUGGCAUUGUGGUAAGUGAUACAAUGUAGCCAUUAUUUGACGCCGACAACUCUCCCUAAUAAUAAAAUCAGUAGUCCUAGGAGUAAAUGUGGUCACCACCCAGAACUGUGACUCCAGCCUGCAGACUCGCCUGGCCUCGAGCUGGGAAACCUGGUUUCCCCACCCCCCCCAGGCCCUCCGCACACAAUCCCUGACAGUGCUGCCUUUGGCCACGGUGGCACCAAGUCUAUGGCAUCUCCUUCCCCCGCAGGUGCCACUGUGGGCACGUGAUGGGAGGCCAGCUUGUGUGCCAUCCCUGCCAAGGACCCAGGUGCUCCAGACCGGCGGCACUGGGCCCUCAGAUGCCCAGGCUCUGAAGCCAGAGCUCCCUCGUGCCUGGGCUGCCUGGUGGUCUGCCAUCGGCACCAUUCUCCUCAUCUCUCUGGGGAGAGCCAUCAGGGUUCCCAGAUUUAGCAAUUAAAAAUACAAGAUGCUCAGUUAAAUGUGAAUUUCAGAAAAGUAAUAAAUGGUUAGUAUAAUAUGUCCCAAAUAUUACAUGGAUUUACUUAUUUGUUGUUGAGCCUGGGUGGCUCAGUUGGUUGAGUGUUGGAUUCUUGAUCUUGGCUCAGAUCAUGAUUUCACGAUUCAUGAGUUCAGGCCCCUCAUGGGGCACUGUGCUUGUAAUUCUGUCUCUCUAUUCUUCUCCUACUAAGUAAACUUAAAAAAAUUCUUUGUGUA